AUGGAGAGCCUGCUGGAGAAUCCGGUGCGUGCCGUGCUCUACCUUAAGGAGCUCACGGCCAUCGUGCAGAACCAGCAGAGCCUCAUCCACACCCAGCGCCAGCGUAUUGAUGAGCUGGAGCGGCGGCUGGAUGAGCUAAGCGCCGAGAACCGCAGCCUGUGGGAACACCAGCAGCUGCUGCAAGCCCAGCCUCCGCCCGGGCUCGUUCCUCCGUCCCCAGCCCCGCUGCCCGCUAUCCCAGUCACCGCCGCCACCGCCACUGCUGUCGCCCAGGAACCGCUCCAGAACCACGGACAGCUCCCGCCCACCUCGCCACAGACUGUACCGGAGCAGCCACCGAUUCAGCACCACGGACAGUUCCUGGUGCAUCCCUCACCGGGCCACAGCGGCAGGGCGCACGCACCCCAGUCGCCCCACCAGCAGACAGGGGCGCCAGGGGCCGUCGCCAACAAGGAGAAGGAGCGUCCCCCGAGUUGUUGCGCUGCCGCUGGAACCCUCCUUCAGCACAAAUCCCCCGCUGCCCUCAGCAAGGGCGUCCUGAGCAGGAGACCUGAGAAUGAGACCGUGCUGCACCAGUUCUGCUGCCCAGCCGCCGAUGCCGAGCAGAAGCCGUCCUGCGCAGACCCGGCCUCCCAAAGUGACGGCUCCUGUGCCCAGGCCAGUGGGGGCAUGGAGGACUCCGUGGUGGCAGCCGGCAGACCCAGUGCCCAUGCCCCGAAGGCUCAAGCCCAGGAGCUGCAGGAGGAGGAGGAGAGGCCAGGGGCGGGGGGUGCCUCCCCAAGGGCUGGCCCCCACCGCGGGGCCUCCCCUGGCCGGCAGCAGCCUGCCCUGGCGACAGCGCUCUGCUCCCACGCCCCUGCUGCCUCCGAUUACGAACUCUCCCUUGACCUAAAGAAUAAACAGAUUGAAAUGCUAGAACACAAAUACGGGGGCCACCUGGUAUCCCGGCGCGCCGCUUGCACCAUCCAAACCGCCUUUCGCCAGUACCAGCUCAGCAAGAACUUUGAGAAGAUCCGCAACUCGCUCCUGGAGAGCCGCCUGCCGCGGCGUAUCUCCCUGCGCAAGGUGCGCGCCCCCACCGCGGAGAGCCUGGCGGCCGAGAAGGCGCUCAUGGAGGGCUACGGCUUCUUGGGGCUGCCGCUGGUGCGCUCGCCCUCCCUGCCGCCCACCUUCGCGGGCACGCUCACCGAGCUGGAGGACUCCUUCACCGAGCAGGUGCAGUCCCUGGCCAAGUCCAUCGACGACGCCCUCAGCACCUGGAGCCUCAAAACCAUGUGCUCCCUGCAGGAGAGCGGCGCCUACCAGAUCCACCAAGCCCUGCACGCGGGCGCGGGGCAGCCCGGCCGGGAGGCGGAGAUACGGGAGCAGGAGAGCGCCUGCCCGGGGCCCGAGGAAGAGGCCGCCGAGGCCGCGGGCCUGCCCCAGGGCCACAGCAGCACCCUGAUGAUGGCUUUCCGGGACGUCACGGUGCAGAUCGCCAACCAGAACAUCUCCGUCUCCUCCUCCACCGCGCUGUCAGUAGCCAACUGCCUGGGCGCACAGACUUCCCCGGCCCCAGCGGAGUCCCUGCGGGGCCAAGCCGAGCUGGGCGAGGCCCGGGGUCAGGAGGCUCCAGUGACCCCAGCCGCGGGCCAGGGAGACGCGCCCGCCGAGACCACGUGCGCAGAGGCGGGAGUUGGGGAGACCCUGCGCGCCAACUCGCCUGAGGCAGAGGAUGGGGCGGCGGAUGCGAUGGUGGAGGAGGCCCCAGCCGCGCAGGUAGAGGAGAGAGAGGAGGAGACCGGGAAGGUGGGGAAAGGGGCCCGGGCCGAGGCCGAGACGGAGGCCGGCGACAACUCGGAGCAGCUGAGCAGCAGCAGCACGUCCGCCAAGUCGGGCUCGGAAGUCUCGGCGGCGUCAGCCUCCAAGGAGGCCCUGCAGGCCAUGAUCCUGAGCCUGCCGCGCUACCACUGCGAGAACCCUGCCAGCUGCAAGUCACCCACGCUCUCCACUGACACCCUGCGCAAACGCCUCUACCGCAUCGGCCUCAACCUCUUUAACAUAAACCCGGACAAGGGCAUCCAGUUCCUGAUCUCACGUGGCUUCAUCCCUGAUACCCCCAUCGGAGUGGCCCAUUUCCUGCUCCAGCGUAAAGGCCUCAGCCGGCAAAUGAUUGGAGAGUUCCUGGGCAACAACAAGAAGCAGUUCAACCACGAUGUGCUAGAGUGA